CUUGCUCCUGCCCCGGCGUGCAGGGCCCUGCCGCCGCCAUGUCGGGCCCCUUCGAGCUCUCGGUACAAGAUCUCAACGACCUGCUCUCGGACGGCAGCGGCUGCUACAGCCUCCCAAGCCAGCCCUGCAACGAGGUCACCCCGAGGAUCUACGUGGGCAACGCCUCUGUGGCCCAGGACAUCCCCAAGCUGCAGAAACUGGGCAUCACUCAUGUCCUGAAUGCUGCCGAGGGCCGGUCUUUCAUGCACGUCAACACCAACGCCAACUUCUACAAGGACUCUGGUAUCACCUACCUGGGCAUUAAGGCCAAUGACACCCAGGAGUUCAACCUCAGCGCCUACUUUGAAAGAGCUGCAGACUUCAUAGACCAGGCGCUGGCUCACAAGAACGGUCAGGUACUCGUCCACUGUCGUGAAGGCUAUAGCCGCUCCCCAACCCUGGUCAUCGCGUACCUCAUGAUGCGACAGAAGAUGGACGUCAAGUCGGCUCUGAGCACCGUGAGGCAGAAUCGUGAAAUCGGCCCCAACGACGGCUUCCUGGCCCAGCUCUGCCAGCUUAACGACAGACUGGUCAAGGAGGGGAAGUUGAAACUCUAGCGCGUGGCUUUCUGCCUCAUCUCCAGAGGCGCCGCCAGGGAACCCUGGGCCGCCAUGUUUAGCAAGCACAGUGUCCCCUGUUCCUCGCAUCACCAGGCACUCGCCCACACGCCUGUCCCAAUGCAGCCCCAGGCUGCAGUGUCUGGGACCCCUCAAGAAGCUUGCUGAGACGCGCAUUCUCGCUCUCCGGUUGUCUUGUUCUGUAACUUACGGUGUCUUCUCUCCGAGCCAGCCAGGCCCACGGGGAGGCCUGGCGUGAGUCCUCCCACAGUGUGGGCAGCAGGGCCACGGGAGGGCCCCUUGCCACCUCCUCUCCAGCCCCUCACGGUCCUCACCUGAGUGGGGCCCUCAGUAGGGGGUGCCGGCUAGCAGGUGCAGGCCCCUCUGUCCCCACCACAGCUGUCUUCCCCCUCCCCGCCUUGCCCCUACAGUCCUUCCUGCAUCCACUUCCUGCUCUAGGCCGGAGCUGCCUGAGCCUGCCUCUGGGCGGGCAUGCUUGCCAGUUGUACUGAUGGAAACUGCCCACAGAGCAGCCUCUUGGUCAGGCCAGUUCCCCCGGAAGGACGCCCUGCAUCCCCAGGAGCUUUGAAAGGUCACUUUGUGGGGAGCCCCCAUUCACAGUGCACUGCUACCCACCCUCCCUCAGCCCCUCAGCGCCUGUGGGCCCGGCAGGAGGGCGCGGCCUCCGGCAUGACUUGUGACUUUCUUUUCCUCCAUUUGAAAGCAGGAUGUUGAGGCCCAGCCCAUUGCAAACCCUCACCAUUUGCAGAAUUAUGAGGGUUUUCUUUUUUCCCUGAAAUGACAGUGUGGGUGGGCCCCAGGCGCAUGCGCUAGCUAGUUGUCCUCACAGUUGCUAUUCCAAGACCCAGAGGAGGAAGUUGGCCAGUUACAGUGCAGGGGUGGGGGUGCUGGAGGGGGGUGGCUGUGCCGGCGGAUGAGCCAGCAAGGGAAUGGUCCUGUUGUUGUGAAAAGUGAUGCAUCACUGCAUGGUUGUUUGCCUUUGGGAGCACUGUAUGUGGACAGGUGGUAGGCCACACCCCCAGCACCUGGAACCCAGGUGUUUGAUCAAAGGUCAGGGAAUGCAACUCCUUAUUUAAGUACCAAAUACAGAGAAUGAGUGUUGCUGGCGUGGCUGCGUCAGGUGCCUGGAUCCAUGGUAGGAUCACAAGCAAGCAUCUGUACCAGCUUCUCCCGCAGGGGAGACGCCAUCAGGGACUUUUGUCGAAUCUGUGAAACUCAGCUUUACAUUUCAAUUCAGGUCGUGUUACCUUGUUGAGGUAAGGAUGUGCCUUUUUUUGGAGUUGGCCAAGGUCAGGGAGCUAGGACAGUCGGGACAGGGAGAAGCAGGUGUCCGUGGGGGAUGGGGGAGGUUGUCUUCACAGGUGUGACUCUGGAUGGUCACUGUCCCCUUUUCUCUGUGAUGCCACAGCCCCGAACAACUGGGGUCUGUCGUCUUUUUCCAGGUGCCGAGCUGGCCCGGUAGACCACACUGCACUUUCUAGUUUUGGUUAGCUUGCCUGCCCGCCCACUUCCUUCUCCUCAGGCCCCGCAGUUGCUGGGGCAGAGUCCUGUGUUGUAACCUUGGAAUGGAAGCUGUGGCUCGGCUCUUUGUUAAUAAGAGAGGCAAUAUUCUGACUUUGAUGUUCUGGAAGUCAGUUUUUCUUCCAAAGGACACCUCUACAGAGGUGAGCUCUGGGAACUGGUGUUAGGGUACAGUGGGCUUGGGGUGCCCACAUCCGUGUCAGAGUGCUGGUUUAAGUCCCAGCUCUGCUGCUUUCAGUUGGCUUCCCGUCACUGCAUCGUGGAAGGCUGCAAGUGGCAGCCGAAGUACUUGGGGCCCUGCCACUCCCAUGGGAGGCGUGGGUUGAGUUCAAGGCUUUUGGCAUUGGCCUGACCCUGCCCUGACUAUUGUAGGUAUCUGGGGGAGCAAGGCAGCCAUUAGUUGACUUAUCUCUCUCUGCUGUUCUGCCUUUUAAGUAGAUGAGAAAAGAAAAUUUAAAAGAAAGGAGCCACCUGGGACUGUCCAGGUAUACUGCUGUACAUGCUCUCCUGGCCCUGGCAAAGGGAGCAAACCUGUGGUACCCCAAGUAGGUUAGGGUCUGCAGCUGGCUUUCCAGGUGACAGCACCCUGAAAUCACAGCCUCCUGCUGUGCCCCUGGGAGAGGCUCCAGCACUGGAGCUCCCAUCCCAUGCCCCCACAGCAGUCACCCCACGGAGCGGCCACAGUUACCUAGGUGAACAGAACAGGUUCACACAGCCAGUUAACUAAGAAGCGCCUCCUCCAGGCCUGUCUGCGGGGAAGUGCAGAUGCUCACUGAGAAUUUCCUGAUAGUCUGUAGCCCGAGGAACCGAUGCUUUCUUCAUGAGAUUUAACUGUAAAAUCAAGUACAGUGAAUGCUUGCAGUGAGAGCCCACUCAUGCCCAAUGAGUGGGCAGCUCUCUACCCACUGGGAAUGCUGUGGAAUAGGAACUCAGGGUGCCCGUGUCCUAUCCCCACCCCUGGCCCCUUCUGUGAUUCAACAGAACCCCUUCCAGGCAAGUUAGAGCACCAAGCAGUUUUCUUUGUAAAGCACUCCCCCUCAUACCUCCUUACCAGUCUGUUAUCUUAAGAGCAGGAACCAGCACCUGUCGAACGGAGGGAGCCCAUUCAGAAGACCACGGGGGCCCCUUUUGGCUUGGAUACUGCAAGAGUUUUUAAGAAUCCCACUUGGAAUGUACCGCCCCCCCAAGCCACCAUUACCCUAGGAUUUAAAGUGCAUGAGGAGUAAUAAUAUUAUAGCCAGCAGGCGGCGCUGUGCGGCUCCGCUGGCUGUGGAUGAAUGGGGAAAUGGAAGUUGGUGGCUUUUGUGUGGCAAGCUCCUGUGAAGAUGCUAACCAUGUGGAGAUGCUAAUGUUUUAGUAAAAAUAAACACUGUCCUGAAGUAUGAAGAAAUGAGCUCUUCUCGCAGGGAUCUUUGUCUUUAGACUGGUGGCUGGAGGCACUCCAGGGCUCCCAUGUGAUCCUGCCCAGCCAGGUUUUUACUUGGGAAAUCGGGGUCCUGGCAGGUGGCGGUAGUGAGUGGACUGGGAGUUUCACUUUGGGGACCCUGUUGCCUCCUGUUAGCCUUGUAGGAGUAUGAUUGUGAAAGAGUGAAUUGUUUGGACAGAAAAAGGGAAGAUAUCAAACUGAUUUUUUUUUAAAGGGCAAGUUCAAUGUUUGUUGUACCGCGAGUCAGUGUUAAGACACUAAUUUUACCAAAAUAGUAACCAAAAUAAAUGUAUCACAUGAUCAAUAA